AUGUCCACGAUCAAAGGUCCAUCACGAAAAAGAAAAUACAAAGUAUCCAUGAAAACAAAAUUAAAGAUACCUAAACUAGCGAACCUAGCAAUUGAAAACGCUGUCAACAAUGACGAGUGCAUGUUAAAUCUUGAGUCUUUGCAAGAUGAUGAAAGUGUUUUUGAACCUCCUCCCAAAUCUGACCCAGUUGCUCCACUUAAUGAUAUGCAGACUGCCCCCUUGCUUAAACAAACCUACAAUCUAUUCCCAUUUGGACGCCUUACCUAG